AUGGAAAGUCGCCGGCAGCACAAGAGUUCCGGUGAUAUUUUCUCUUUUCACAGUCAGGACCAAGACUCUGAGUUUGAGUUUGGUUGUGUUACACCAGACUUGCCUUCAAGCAAGAGCUCCCCAGCUGAUCACUUGUUCUGCAAUGGCAAGCUUUUACCGCAUGUGUUUCCCUGCCAAUCGGCUAGUCCUCGGACCGAUAUCACCCGAGCAAACAGCAGAACAAGCAGCAUUAGCAGCAAAGACUCAUUGGUGUCGUCCAGAAGCAAUAGCACAAGCAGUAGAAGCAGCAGCUGUAGCAGUGCAAGGACAAGCUCAAGCGAUAAUUCUGAGAGGAUGAGAGCAUGGACUACUAUGCAGGCCAAAGUUGUGGCGAAAACCGCGAUAACAAGAGACGGGUACCUUGCAAAUAGGCCUGUUUUGGCUCAACCAUAUGGGAAUUCUCAGAGAUGGCAGUUCAUCACACCAGCACCGGUCCUGAGCCGUGAGCCUUCGCGUCGGAAAAGAGCUGGAGCUGCAGUGCAAGAUGACCAGUUGAGGCAGAAGAAGGUGGCUGUGGAGAAGAGGAGGGCGAAACCCGGGAUUGGAUGGAGGUUUUUCAGGUCAUUCAUGUCAGCCUGCAGAGAAUGCCAUGCCAUGGAACCAUCAAGGAAAGAAAAUAUCAAGUCAGGGUAACAACUCAUGGAUCUGGGGUUUUCAUUUGUCAAGCAUUUUUUAUGGGGUCAUCUGCUAGCAUUUUGAUGUGUUUUUCCUGCUUUUGAAAGCAAAAACUGCUUUAAUUUUUACAUUCAAAACAAAGAAACUACUCCCAAAAUGCUAUCAGAAGAUUACAUUCAUGAUCUAUUGAUGAUUCUGUUGUGGUUUUGUCUGAUAUUUCAAGCUCUUUUAUAUAUAUAUAAAAGGACCUAAGAGCUAUAUGCUGUAAAGGGUUGUGAUUUGUAAUCAACAUGACUGUUUUUCAGCUGACAGUUAGCAGCAAAAGAUUGAGUGGUGUCUGGUUUUCUUUCAUAAAA